AUGUCCCGCAUCGCAGCGAGACCCAGGGUGAAGAGGCAAACUCGUCUGGACUUGACCCCAAUCCCAUCCUCCUCGCCUCGUUUCGACCAUAGCUCUGAUAGCGCUGCUACUGACCACUUUGCUGCUGUUCGAUGUGCGCCCGCUGGUAGCUCUCCAUUUUCGCGGAGACCUCUCGCCAAACGCGAUGUUCCGCCAGGCAGCCCUGCGCCGUUGCAAAAAGCGGACAAGUCAUCGUCAUCUGAUGACGACGAAGACGCUAUCUGUACUCCGGGCCGUAGAACCCAAAUUGUGCCGCGUGUUUUGAUUCACGAACCGUUGGCAAUGAAAGCAAAGGCCGAAAAUGAAGAUGGCGAUGAGAGUGUGGACGAAGACGACGACGAGGACGACAUUCGGGGCCUUGGCUCUACUCGCCGCCGAACUGGCAAAAGACUCCUCGUUGAACUACGUGACAAUAACGAGAGUCAGAGUUCCAGCUCCGAAGCCAUUAUCUCAUCUCCUGCAAAGCGUAGGAGGCGAAACAGAGUUGCAAGUGUCCAGGUGCGCGCCCAAGGUGAAUCUGAGCAGACCUUGCGCGACCUAGAGGAAGAUCUAGAAGACUUACGCGACUCCGCUGUGACUAAGGAAAGAACAAGAGGUAGCGUGGUUCACUCAGCUGCGACAUUGAAACGCAAAGAACAAUUGGAAGCGCUACGUCUUCGUCGAGCAGGCGAGAAACCGCCUACCACUAGACCUACUAACGAAUCGCAGAAUUCCUUAGAACAUGGCGGCGACAGCCUAAGCAAUGAAGAAAAUGAAGACCAAGCGUCAGACUGCGCAACAUAUACUUCGGACGAGGAUUUACCUGGCGAUAGCGACGAAGAGCCUCCGCCCCCAGAAGAUUUAGAUAAAUAUGAAGAUGACUUUGUUUUACAAGAUGAGGACGCCGAGAUCGGUGUGCCAUCCGAGGUCGUGGAUUUGCCCUUCGAAUUCUCCCGCCACCGAUAUAAGCGGCUAAAAGACCACUUCCGAGACGUGGUGGAAUGGAUGGUGCAUAACAAACUAAAUCCGGCGUUUCCACGCGACGAUGAAGUGUAUAAGGUGGCUUUCAGCAAAGUUCAGGAUGAGGUUUUGGGAGUGGCUGGAUCCCAGCUAGUCUCAUCAGUUUGGGUUGGCGGUUUCAAACACGCGCUUGAAGCGCGACCCGGGAUUGAGGUUCUGCCGUUCUCAGAUCCGUCUAUGGACUACUGCGAUGCCUGUAAUCGGUCUAAACACCCUGCCUCGUACGAUAUUCGCUUUACCGGACGCCCGUAUUCACUUAAGACACUCGAACCACUAUUCGAUGAAGAUGACACAAGUACCAGCAAUGAUGGCAACGAUAGUGAUAAUAGCCAACCAGAAAACAAGAAUAAUAUCGACCGAGACGGCCGCACUAUUCCUGAUGAAUCCACUCAUUUCUUCCUAGGCAGUUUCUGCAAAUCCAAAGCCACCAUGGCUCACACCCUGAUCCACUGGCGAUUCCAUCUGAAUGAAUGGGUUAUUGACUAUCUCGAGCGGAAAGAGCUAUUCUCCGAUGAGAGUGUUUUGGAACGAGAGCAUUGGAGUGUCAAGAAGCGAACCAAGUAUGCGAACCAGGUGGUGGACUCGAUGCGUCAAACGGGGGAGACUGAUCGGUUGUGGAAGGAUUUUAACUUGAAUGCAAAAACUGCAAGGGAGCAUGGCCCAGUAUGUUUCCUUCGCGGCCAUUAUACUCGCGCGGGCUACUGA